CCUGUCUGCGCCUCCCACCCCAGCUGGGGCUGGGAGCAGUGUCGUGUCUCGGGGAGGUCGGACAGAGCCAGUUCAGAGAACUGCAGUUUACUGUGGAGCCUGAAGAGGGGUUUGCUCAGCUCUGGAGAGCCUUGGCUAGAAGAGAAACUGCCUGCUCACUCACCUCGCUCAACUAACUUCCUGUGAUGUCAGCCUGGAGGAAGUAGCAGUUUGGGUACAAGUCAGUCAGACUGUAUGGAGUAAACAGAGAGAGAAUCAACGAGGUGUGACAGGGUGGGUAUAUUGCGUGACCCCGAGGAUGGUCCGGAUUUUGGCCAACGGAGAUAUUGUACAGGAUGAUGACCCCCGGGUGAGAGCAAAUGCUCAGCACAGGGAGAACACCUCCCGGCAGGAGUUUUUCAAUGAGGUGCCUAAUGCAGGCCGUGCUCCACUGCAGCAGCAGGCUGCCAGGCCGGGGGGGCGCUCUCCGUUUUCGGAACUGAACCAGCAGCUAGUGAACAUGGGAUUCCCCCUCUGGAGCCUCGGUAACCAGGUGGUGGAGCCGGUGAUGUCCAUCCUGCUGCUUUUCCUCCUCAUGAUGGUGGGCGUGCGUGGCCUUCUGUUGGUGGGCCUUAUCUACGUGGUCUCACACCUGAGCCAGCGGUGACCGUGCCCUCACAGUGGCCACCACUGCUUCCUGCUUUGUGAAAGAAAGACCAGGUUUCCUUGUCAGGCAUGGGUAUGUUUGUGAGUGUGCCUCCCACUGAGACUCUGUGUGUGUGUGUGCGC